AUGGAUCACAAUAAUACAACUGACAAUGGGUCGUAUACACAGAAGAAGUACGUUACCCACAGACGUACAGUUGAGGUUACAUCUCCCUUUAAUAGGAUGUAUUACUAUAAGAAACAUGGACUCCGAUUACCAGAUAUCGAACCAGAGACAUCUUUCACAGCUAAUAUAAUGCCUCCGAGUUCCUAUGUUAACAAUAAUGACAGAGCAGUGAAUGUAAUCGGCAAAUUUACACAUCUUUCUUCUAAUAAAGUAAAACAUGUAAUACCGGCCAUCGAGUGGACCCCUGAAGGAAGAAGGCUGAUCGUAGCCACUUAUAAUGGUGAACUUUCCCUGUGGAAUGGUUUUUCAUUUAAUUUUGAGAGUUUAAUGCAAGCUCAUGAUUCUGCAGUGACGACGAUGAAAUACUCUCAUGCUGGGGAUUGGAUGGUGAGUGGUGACGCUGAUGGGAUUAUUAAGAUAUGGCAACCUAACUUCAAUAUGGUUAAAGAGCUGGAUUCUGCACAUACUGAGAGUAUAAGAGACAUCGCAUUCUGUAAUAAUGAUUCAAAAUUUGUUAGUUGUUCGGAUGAUAAUAUUUUAAAGAUUUGGAAUUUCAGUAAUGGUAGAGAGGAAAGAGUAUUAUCGGGACAUCAUUGGGAUGUUAAAAGUUGUGAUUGGCAUCCAACUAUGGGACUGAUUGCAUCAGCUUCGAAGGAUAACUUGGUUAAAUUAUGGGAUCCUAGAGCUGGAAACUGUAUUUCUACGAUACUAAAUUUUAAACACACAGUUCUAAAAACUAGAUUCCAGCCUACUAAAGGUAAUCUAUUGGGUGCUAUCUCCAAGGACAAAUCUUUACGUAUUUUUGAUAUAAGGUAUGGCACAAAAGAGAUAAUGGCCGUAAAGGAUGAGAUAGAUUAUAUGGAUCUUUUAUGGUCCCCGAUCAACGAGUCCAUGUUGACGAUUGGUAGUUAUGACGGAUCCAUCAAGCAUUUCGAUUUAUUACAAGAUACAGAAAAACCAAUCCAUACGAUUCCAUUUGCACACGAUAAAUGUAUUACUUCCAUGGCAUACAAUCCGAUGGGUAACAUUUUGGCUAGUGCCUCAAAGGAUAGAACUAUCAGAUUCUGGACAAGAGCGAGACCAUUUGAUCCGAACGCAUUUGAUGAUCCGUCUUAUAAUGAUCAAAAGAUUAAUGGUUGGUAUUUUGGUAUCAAUAACAAUAUCAAUGCAGUAAGAGAAAAAUCAGAAUUUGGUGCAGCUCCUCCAACGUUAGAUGGUACCACUGCAGCUCCUGGUGGUUACACCGCUCCAUCAUCUACAUCUUCCUACAAUAGAGGUACUACUAAUAAUUACCAUCAUGAUAAUAACAACAACAACAACAACAAUAAUAAUAGACACAUGUUGGGAUCACCUGUGAAGAAACCACCACCAACAUCUGGUGGCCUACCAGGCUUGAAUUCAUCGUUGCCUGGACUUAAUUAA